AAACACAUCGAAAAAAACAGACAGUUACCAAAUUCUUAGUGAAGCAACGAGAAGAUACUAAAUUGAAAACAAAAAACCAGUAAAAUAGCAAAAUUAGUUAAAAAUAAAAAUUAAAUUUCAAAAUGCCACGGCGUAAUCGUGAAACACUUUCCAUCCACAUCGGACAAGCCGGUAUACAGAUGGGUGAAGCAAUUUGGACGCAGUACGGUUUGGAACACGGCAUUGCAAAGGAUGGACAACGAAUCGAAGAAGCUGAAAAGGACGGUGGUGACGCUCCGUUCAUCGAGUGUCCCACAUUUUAUUCGGAUAAUGGCGAAGGACGCUUUGUGCCAAGGGCUAUAUUUAUCGACACCGAACCGAUGGUGAUAGAUCAACUGCAAACAGCCGACAUAGGGGAAUUGUUUAAUCCGGAGUAUCUGAUACGGGGUAAGGAAGAUGCCGCCAAUAAUUAUGCCCGUGGGUACUACACACUAUCCCACUCUACGCUUGCCGGAGCGAUGGAAGCAGCACGUCAGAUUGCGGAAGAUUCGGACAACUUGCAGGGUAUGAUACUGUACCACUCGUACGGUGGCGGAACCGGAUCGGGUGUUGCGGCCCAUCUACUUCAGGAACUUUCGGAGGAGUUUCCGCGCAAAUGUCGCCUAUCGUUCUCGGUGUAUCCUUCACCGGUUCUGAGCACAAGUGUAGUCGAACCGUAUAAUACCGUGCUAAUGACGCACCGGACAAUGAGCUGCAUAGAGUGUUCAUUUUUGAUGGACAAUCAAGCGAUUUAUAAUAUUUGCAGCACGAGAUUAUCGAUUGAGAGACCUAAUUAUGGGAACUUAAACCAACUCAUCAGUCAGGUUGUGUCGGGUGUGACGGCCUCGCUACGCUUUGCAGGUGAUCUGAACGUAGACAUGAGUGAAUUUCAAACGAAUCUGGUACCAUACCCAAGGUUACAUUUUCCGGUCAUAUCCUUCGCCCCUUUUAUUUCCUGUGAAAGUGUAAAUCAUGAAAAGCUCGAUGUUGGCGCACUUACGAGGGAACUGUUCGAUCCGGACUGCCAGAUGGUGCGGUGUGCACUGACCGGGCGUGACAAAUACAUGGCAUGCUGCUUACUCUACCGCGGUCACAUACUGCCGAAAGACAUUAACGAAGCCAUUGCAAGCAUCAAGGCCACACGCCGUGUACGAUUCGUCGAUUGGUGUCCCACAGGGUUCAAGAUCGGAAUCAAUUCAAUGGCCCCGAAAAUGGCACCCAAUGGUGACCUAGCGCCUGCGGGACGGUGCGUAACGAUGAUCGCCUCCCGGACGGCCGUUUCAGACGCGUGGAGCAACGUGGACGAGAAGUUCGACAUGAUGUACCGGAAGCGUGCAUUCGUCCACUGGUAUCUCGGCGAGGGUAUGGAGCGGUGCGAGUUUAACGAAGCCCGAGAAAAUCUUGCCUGUCUCGAGAUGGACUAUCGUGAGGCAGGCCUAACAGACACGCAAAGUGAAACCGUGGAGUAUUAGAAAGACGUACCGUGCUGUAGAAAUGAAACAACCAACAAACGCAUGGUCACACA